AUGUCCGGAGGAGAUACCCCCAAACUACCGCAAGACGAGCCUUCUGAGAAGGUCAAACCCAUAGACGAGAACACUAUUUCCCCACUUAAUGACACGAAACCCGCAGCGGCGAACGACAGUGAUGACAGUAAGGCUGGGCCUGCUCACGACACCCCCACACCCCCCAAGGUCGCUUCGUUUGAUGAUCCAGAGGCUCAGGCCCUGAUAAUAUCAUCACUGAAGUCCCAAAUCCUAGAUCUUUCUACCCAAGUAACACAACUAAACGGCAAACUCAUCCGCUCCUACGAUCGCAUAUCAGACUUGGAGGACUCGCUGCACUCGUCUACUACGAAGCUCGACUCGUCGAAAUCGCGUAUAUCCCUGCUGGAGCGUGAGCGUACUCAACAUCUCUCUGCCUUGGACACUGGGUUGUUGGUGGAAAGGACACAUGUCACUGCAGAGUUGACGCGUCUCAUGGAAAAAGCGAGCGAAGAAGCCAUACACCGCGGAGAGGCAGAGAGCAGGAGAACCGAGAUAGAGAGAGAGCUAGAUGAUCUCAGCGCAAGCUUGUUUGAGCAGGCUAAUGUCAUGGUUAGAGACGCCAGAGGGCAGAAGGCACUAAGCGACCGGAGGGCCAACGAGGCAGAGGUGGCGCUGAGAGCUGCAGAAGAGGCCGUCCAGUUGAUGCAACAAAGUCUUCAGCAAAUGCAGCACGACAAGGAUGAGGCAGAAAAGACGCUCAGAGACAUGAAAGGGAAGAACAGGGUAGUCGACCGACCGAAUCCAGUCGCGUCACUACGGCUGCUCAAUUCGCAUGCUCCAUACUACGAGUUCCUUUCUUUUAUAUCUCAUCUCCGCUCGCUCCAUCUGCCAGCAUCUCAGCCGCCCACGAUUACUACUCUCCUUCCUUUGCCAUUCGUUGCGCGGCUCCUUUCGGAAGACAUGGAACCAACCGUUCGUCUGGACUUGGCGCCCUCGUUGAAUUGGCUUUCACGUCGCGCCGUACUUGCGGCCAUUCACAACGGGCAGCUCACGAUCGAACCCAUGGCGACCAGCACUUUGCUAAGCGAACCUUCUGUGCUUAAGCAAUCGUCGGCCUCUCCUACUACUGCUUCCCCCCACUCGCCCUUUGUCACCAACACCUCAUCCUAUAACAUCCCUUGUGCACUCUGUGGUACCCCUAUAUUUGGACAUACCGAGAGCCAGCAUGGCACGCGACCUCCUACCCACCCUGCAUUAGCCUAUGGAGGCACGAUGAAUGCCCAGAAUUCAUCAUGGUCUACAUCAAUCUUCCGGCGCAACCCCGCUGUCGGUGGUCUCAGCGAUUCAUCUCCCUCGCGUCCAGACGUGAAGCAAGUAUAUGUCUUCCGUCUAGCGUCUGCCACUUCAUCGUUCCAAUCCCUCCCUCUACCAAUAUCCUUCCCUACAUCACUCCAGUCUCACAGCUCAGCCUCGACAGCCUACUCCGCCUCUAACACUCCCUCCACUUCCAGGGUGCCAACGCCAUCACAAACCCCUCUACAACUCAGUAGUCCACAGAACACUGCUUCUACUAUUUACCCUCUGUGCAGCAAUGGCUGGUGUCUUGUCCGUCUUCGCACGACGUGUAGCCUCUGGGCUUAUGUGCGCGCGGGUAUCGUAGAAAAGGUGUGGGAAGAAGAGAUAAUGAGCACACAAAGUGGAGUAUCUGCCGUUGAUGGUGAUCAAGAGAAACUUGGAGGACCUCACGCCGUUUCGAGGAAGAACUCCAGCGAAGAACAGAAUCCAAAUGGAAAGCCACCUAUACCUCCUCGACGACGUGGACUGUGGGGCAUGGCUAGUGCCCUUGGCGAACGAGCCGCCAGUUGGACCCGAGAGCCAAGUAGGGAUAGGACACACAGCGAUGCUAAAAGCAGCGACGACGAGAAGCGUUUCACAAAUCCCCUUCCACCACCACCGCCUACACACCCCUCAGUCACUCACUCUGACACAUCACAUGUACCUCCACCCCUACCCAAACGAAGCGAAGGUCGACGCCCCGUCCCGCCGCCCCCAUCAACCGAUCCAUCUGCCCCCAUGCCACAGGACGUUGGUGGAACUGGAAGACAUCGCCCUGUCCCAUCACCCCCAUCAACCGAGACGCCCGCGCCCGUUGAGUCCACGACUCAGGAUACCCAUGAUCUCGCGGCCCGUGAGUUCAAACUCUCCGAAUCGAGUGCGACAAUUGAAGGAGGCACAGACUUCGAUCAGCCGCCUGUAUCUCCUAGAAGGGUACCACUACCUGAAUCAAGACCUGCGACGCCUACGCAGAUAUUUCGUGGGCCGAAACUAACCCCUAGCUCCACCCCAUCGCGUUCUGGAUCUCCUACCCCUGGUGUUGCUCCACCUCUACCUCGGAGGGCUGCAGCACGCCCCCGACCGCUCUCCACUCUUGGAGGCGAAGCGCUCCCUACACCAGCGCCCGAGACUCAUGAUGAACAACCUGCGACCACCGCCGUCAUACCGUCGGCAAACGGUGCGGAAGGGCUUGAAGAUAAAGCUGAUACUCAUGAUGAAGGGAAAGAGUACGCGCCGGCGCCGGUUGUUGACAACUCUCUUUCUUCUGAAGUGAGAGACACGGACGUUCCCAAUCAAGCAGACAAAUCAGAUCACAACACCGAGCCCGUCCCCGAUGAAAAGGAUGACAAGCCCGACAGGGAACAGACAGGGGCCACUGAGAAGGAGGCUGAGUCUCUCCCAUACAGCGAGUCCCUUCAGAAGGCCGGUGGCGACAAGGAGGCAGACAUGUCUGACAAAUUCCUAUAUAUCGGGGACUCGACAUGGGAGGAACGUGCUUGGAGGGAAAUAAUUCGGCUGAAGGAAGACAUGUUUUUGGCUAGAGUUGAUAGAUUCCGGUUCGAGGCAACCACAAAAAUAAUCUACCAAUCCUGUGUCAGGUAUUAA